AUGCCAGAGCCAUUGCCAGUCUACACCCAAGAUCCCCUGCCUGAGCCAGAGAUUCCUGCCACAGAACCACCUCAGUAUCUUCAACGUACACCUUUUCAAGAAGCAGCUCGUCUCAAAUCCCUCAAGGAAUGGGCUGAGAAACGCGAUAUGAUGAAUUCAGGCGGCUAUAUGGAAACCUUCCACAUCGGCGGCCAGACAGUGACAAACGGGCACUUAGUCCAACAAUCCUCUGCCUCUUCUCAAAACUAUCCCUCCGCAAGUCAAGAGAAGGAAGCUCUGGCUUCUCAAUACGGAGACGAUAGCUUUGAGCAAAGCGAAUCCAGACCUGGUGUUGGCAAACGCAUUUCGGGAUUUUUGAAGAGAAUCAGCCCGGCGGAGAGGGCGCAGCAGAAAGCUAUGGCUAUGAGUCCGGAAGAGGAAGCUGCUGAUGCGAAAAAGUAUCCCAUGUCGGAGGGUACUUAUAGUUGGGAGAAGUAUAAUCCGUCCAAGAAGUAG